CAGCCUCUCCACGGGUCAAGACGUCUGCAGACACCUCCCCGUUGCUUCCACAGACGCCAGCCCCCUUAUAGUAAGAGGCGGCCGGGCGAAUGUGAGGAUCUGCACGUACUCGCUGAGAUCCACUAACUGAGAUCCACCUCUUACCACCAGAUGGCCAGCAGUGCAUCACCGGAACACCACUGAUAGGAAGAGCCCGGUCCGUGCUCGUCUCUCUCACCGAUCCCAGUGCAAGGAGUCCGGCUGCAGGAGCUGAGGGGAACCCGACGACCGAGCCGCUCGCAUUCUUGCUAACUCCCCCUGGAUGCUCUCGUCAAGGAUGGAGCUGUUAAGUUGGUGCUUACUGUUGCUGAGCUGCCUGCCGUUGUUCUCAGCCCACAAUGACUUCUUCACCUCCAUAGGCCAGAUGACAGAUCUGUUAUACACAGAGAAAGACCUCGUCACCUCUCUAAAGGACUACAUCAAAGCAGAGGAGAACAAGCUUGAACAGGUGAAACGGUGGGCUGAUAAGCUGGAUUCGUUGACAGCCACAGCCAUACUGGACCCCGAGGGCUUCCUGGGGCAUCCUGUGAACGCCUUCAAAUUGAUGAAGAGACUCAACACAGAGUGGGGUGACCUGGAGAGCCUUGUCCUCAGUGACACCACUGAUGGAUUCAUUUCCAACCUCACCAUCCAGAGACAGUACUUCCCGACAGAUGAGGACCAAACUGGGGCUGCUAAAGCUCUCCUCCGAUUACAAGACACAUACAGAUUGGACGCUAACACAAUCUCUGUAGGAGACCUUCCUGGAGUGAAACACAAGAGCCAUAUGACAGUAGAGGACUGUUACGAGUUGGGGAAAAUCGCCUACUCCGAUGUUGAUUACUACCACACAGAGCUUUGGAUGGCCCAGGCCCUGAAGCAGCUCGAUGAGGGAGAAGAGUCCACUUUAGACAAGGUGACGGUGCUUGACUACCUCAGCUAUGCAAUCUACCAGCAGGGGGAUAUAGAUCGCGCCCUUGUGUUCACCAUGAGGCUGCUUGAACUGGACCCAGAGCACCAGCGAGCCAAGGGCAACCGGAAGUACUUUGAGUUCCAGUUGGAGAAGCAAAAAAAGGCUGAGGAGAGUGAACGUCUAGUGCAGAAGGAGCAAGGCAUAAAAGGAACAAGUGAAAAGAAGAAGAAGCCCAGAAAGAACAUCACCAAUCAGCAGGUUCCUGAGAGGAAGAAGUAUGAGAUGCUUUGUCGUGGGGAGGGCAUCAGAAUGACCCCCCGGAGGCAGAGCCGACUGUUCUGUCGUUACUUUGACAACAAACACAACCCCAGUUAUGUGCUGUCACCUGUCAAACAGCAAGAUGAGUGGGACCGCCCCUACAUUGUCCGCUACCUUGAUAUCAUUUCAGACAAAGAAAUGGAAAGGGUCAAGCAACUGGCAAAGCCAAGAUUAAGGCGAGCCACGGUGCAUGACCCCAAAACUGGGAAACUCACUACAGCCCAGUACAGAGUCUCCAAGAGUGCAUGGCUCACUGGCUAUGAAGACCCCUUGAUUGAAAAGAUCAACCAGAGAAUUGAAGAUCUCACAGGGCUGGAAAUGGACACUGCAGAAGAGUUGCAGGUUGCGAAUUAUGGUGUUGGAGGUCAAUACGAACCUCACUUUGACUUUGGAAGGAAAGAUGAGCCAGAUGCUUUCAAAGAGCUCGGCACUGGGAACCGCAUCGCAACAUGGCUUUUCUACAUGAGUGACGUCUCAGCAGGUGGAGCCACAGUUUUUCCAGAUGUUGGUGCAGCAGUUUGGCCCCGAAAGGGUACUGCAGUGUUCUGGUACAAUUUGUUUGCUAGCGGGGAGGGUGACUACAGCACCCGACAUGCAGCGUGCCCAGUGUUGGUGGGCAACAAGUGGGUAUCAAACAAAUGGAUCCACGAGCGAGGCCAGGAGUGGCGGCGACCUUGUGGCCUAAAUGAAACCGAAUGAUGAAAAAACAAAUCUCCUCGUCACAGCUCUGCCCCCCGUCUCCCCUUCCUUGUGCCCACAGGACACUGUUGCAGAUCACAGAUGACACAUGUGAAUAAAUGGGGCUCACUCCCUCUCUUCAAAACACUCCUGUUUUUCCCAGCUGUUACGCUCCGAGCCCCCACAGUUUGUUUGGGUUAACGUGGAGCCCCUGGACAGUGUUAGCAUAGCUCUGACAGACAUGUUCUUAAGGUUGUCGGGUGGUUUUGAGAAACACGCGCGUUCUUUUUCACUCCCAGGUUCUUUCUUUGCACUCUGUAUGAACCAUAGCUCUGUGGUGAGGUGGCAUCUGUCAGGACCAGCCUCCGCCCUGCCAUUUUGAACCUUAAAGGGACAGUUUUCAUUUCUUACAUACAGGCUAGUCUGAUGCAGUAUACUCAUUUCAUUAACAGAGCACAUGGAGCUGUGGUUUUUGAGAGAAUGAAAUGAGUUUUAAAAACAAAUAAAAUUGCACGUACCUCCAUCAAGGCCCAACAAUCCUACAUUUAAAUAUAAUUUUAUUUGUAUAGCCCAUAUUCACAAAUCUCAAUUUGUCUCAGAGGUCUUAAACCUCAACAAGAGUAAGGAAAAACUACAGCUACAUGAUAUCAGUACCCAAAAUAUGUCACUUCUUUUUUUGUGUCCAUCAAGAUCCAUGAAUUAUUCUCUGGGAAAUUUGUGAAAAUAUCAGAAAGACCUGAUGUGAAAGAACUAGAAAAGCACUGGUUCUGUUCCUUUGUUCCGGAUCCGUGCUAAAAUUAAAUGGAUUCUUUCUUGGCCCAUGUUCCACCAAGUUUCAUGGUAAUCAUUUCAGUAUUUUUUGUACAAUCCUGCUGAGAUACAAACAUAUCAAUGGACCAUGACCUCCUUGGCAAACAAUGAGAAAUGGUGGCUGUAAAUUAUUUCUCUGUAAAAUGACAUACUCCUCCUUCAUAGCAGACAAAUAAUUUCCACAAACUAGUUAAUUCCCAGGGUUGUUCCAUGCAUAUAAUUUAACAAAGAACUGACAUGUAGCAGGUUCACUGAUUAAAAUUUUAGCAAACUCUCCUUUUAAUAACUUAGCAAUAAAAGGUAAAGAAAGUGCUCUGUGAAAGGAAUGAAAGGACUCGGCACAUAAACUGGUCGGGGAAGGAAAACCUAUGCCAUGCAUCAUCUCAUAUUACAGUCAUUGUUGGUCUGCCUCAAAACGUCAGUGUUUUUAACUCGUCUGAAUGUCCACACUUAUUGUUAGAUUGGUUGUACUUGAACAUACCGUGUGUAUGCAUGCGCACAGCUCACA